AGAGAGGAAGCCGUUGUGUCCAGAUGAGCUAGAUGAAGAGGCGCCCUACUUACAAUACGCCACUUGGUCGCACGACGGUUCCGCCAUCGCGUUUGUCUACAACAACGACAUCUACUACAAGCCCAAAGUGGAAAAGAGCUUAGUGUGCAGAAUCACUAACAACGGCCAUCCGCAGCGGAUGUUCAAUGGGGUUCCAGACUGGCUUUAUGAAACAGAAAUUCUUAAAACUUCGCACGCCAUGUGGUUUUCUCCCGACAACUACUACUUGCUCUAUCUCAGCUUUAACAACAGCAGAGUCGGGGAAUAUUCCUAUGCGUGGUACAACAGCAAGAAUCUGGAUGCCAUUUAUCCAGAAGUGCGCAGCUUCAGGUAUCCAAGAGUGGAAACUGCCAAUCCGAUAGUAAAGGCGUGGAUUGUUAACUUAACUACUCCAAAGUAUCUGUUUCCUUUUGAGUUAAAGCCCACAAAUCGAGUGGAACCGGACAGUUAUAUAACCAGCAUCCAGUUCCAUGGAGAAAACAAUGUGAAUGUGAUCUGGCUAAAUCGAGCGCACAACAUUUUUGUGAUUGCCACCUGCAGCAAUCAGCAAGCAUACAAUUGUAGCGAAUUUCACGUUGAAAAAGAGCAUGAACACAUUGGCUGGACGGAACCAGUUUUCCACCCAGUGUUCAAUGAGAAUGGAAGCAAAGCCUUGGUAAGGUUGCCUGUGAAGGAUGGCGAUAAUGGCCAUUAUAUGCAUGUUUGCGAAAUUUACAAAGGCCGAGUGAGGCCUUUGACUCAUGGCGCCUUUGAAAUCGUCCAGGUACUAGUUUGGGAUGAAGACAAUUCGUUUAUAUAUGCCAUUGGAACUAUUGAACAAAACCCUGGAUCGCGGCACCUGAUCAAAAUAACCGACAAAAACUCUUUGCCCCUUUGGGAAUGUGUAACUUGUGUCUCUGAUAUGGACUGGAACAGUACCGAACCGUUCUGUUACAACGAAACCGUACUGAACGACAAUCUGUGGCUGAACUACCGAUGCGAAUACAACAACGUUGUUUUCAGCAACAAUUCCAGUUAUUUCAUACAGGAAUGUUUGGGACCAGAAAUUCCUAUUGUUACUCUAGCCAGGACUUCGUCCUAUGAGCGACUGGCCAUUCUGGACAGCAGUUCCAGGCUGCGGAGGCGAAUGAAGAGAUUCUCCAAGCCCCAGAUGAAGCAUAUAACUGUUGAGAUGGAGUUUGGCUAUAAGGCUCAGGUGCGAAUGUACCUGCCAGCUAUUCUGAGAGAGUAUGAAGACACCACGUUUCCUCUGGUGCUUUUAGUGUAAGUGUUUUAGGGAGUUGAUGUGCUGAGGGAGAAUUUUGGG